AUGAAGUUGACUUCACUCGCUACGCUUCUUAUCUUUUCCUCCACCACCUUCCCCUCCCUCGUCCUCGCCAUCCCAGGCGAUCCUGAAAACCCAGAAUGGACCGCAGAAGCGCAGGAGGCCGUCGACCGAAAUGACUUGCUCUUUAGAGGUGGAGGAAGCAAGACCCAAGGUGCGAUGGGGAAGUUGCGGGCGCAGGAUGUGGGCCCAAUUGACGACGGGCACGUCACUGUGGAUCCUCAUAGGAAUACGCCUGAAGAUAUAAGGAAUGCUGGAUUCGAAGUACACGCCGACGCUGAUACACGUAUGGACCCUAGUGACCCCGAGUCAAAGCUUCACCCUCAAGGACACGUAUCCAUCAAAAUCCCCGAGAGCAAGACCACCGAUAGCAAGAUUCCAGAGAGCGAGUUGCGCGACCAGCUUACAGAGAUGCAGCAUCCCGAUAAAAAGGGAGAAGGAACAACAUGGAGUGGCCCGCAUAAAGCUGACGCGGCAGCAAAGUUGCAUGAGGAGCAAGAGGCCAAGAAGAGCAACACUGAAGGUGGUUCUGCAAGUGGUGCUGCGGGUGGCGCUGCGGAAGGUGAAAGGUCAAAAGGGGCGAAUUUUGCUGCUGGUGUGAAGGACAGGUCGGCGCUCAAGACUCUAAAGGCAUUGAAGGCUAAGAAGGAAGGAGUCGCCUCAAAGCCAAAGAGCCCCGCUUUGAAAGGUGACAAGUCCAACAAGGCAAAGACCACGAAGACCAAGACACCCAAGUCGAAGACUAGCAAGCUCAACAAGGCCAAGACCGCUUUGAAGAGCAAGACCCGCAAGUCGAAGGGUGUCUCUUCCAAGACUAGCAAGGCGAACAAGGCAAAGUCUGCUUUGAAGAGCAAGACUCGUAACCCAAAGACCCUCGCUUCCAAGAAGAAAUCCUCCAAGGCAAAGGGCUCAAAGGUUGGCAAGCUCAACAAGGCCAAGGCUUCUUUGAAGAGCAAGGCUCGCAAGUCAAAGGGUGUGAGCUCGAAGGCCACCAAGGCAAAGAAAGCUGGGAAGAACAAGGCGUCCAAGUCCAAGAGCGUUUCUUCCAAAGCCGCAAAGAACAAAAAGACAAAGUCUCUCUCGAAGACCAAAGGUUCCAAAUCAAAAAAGGUCUCCAA